AUCUUGGUUUAGGUCCACUCGAAGUUUCCUUAUAAUGCUCUCUCGCGAAACGAUAGUUCCAGUCGGUUCCAUUCGGGUGUACUAUCAAGAACCCGCGUAUUUUGAAAGGACAUCGAGCUUUGUGCGUUAAUACGCAUAUCACGGCAAUUUUCUGUUUAAAAGCCCCAAAAACUGCUCAAACCUAAAACCAAACGAAAAUGCAAGGAAGUGAAAAUAUAAGUAGACAUGACUUCGAGGAAGAGAUUGACGACUUUAUAUGUAAUGAGUGUAAUGAAAAAGUAGAACUAGACGCAAUUAGUUCUCACAAUUGCUUCAUAGGCAAACAAAAUGUAUAUUUUUCAGGACGAUAUGUAAUGAAAACAGCAAUGCUCAGUGACAAUGACAAUUCUCAGACUUCAAUGGAGAGUGACAACAAACAGGAUACUAACACUCCAACUUUAACAGAGGAUGAAGACCUACUGGAUGAUGUUUUGUCUUGGAAGUCUGUACUCUGGAACAGCAAAGCAAUUAAAUGCCUAUUAAGUAUCUACCCAAAAUAUAAAAGAUUGCUUGAUAAGCGCAAAUUUGUUUCCAAAAAACAAAUGUACACACGUAUUCACAAAAAAAUGUCUACAUACGGAUACACAUUCACAAGCAUGCAAAUUGAAAAUAAAAUGAAAGCAUUGGAAAAGGCAUAUAAAAAAAGACUACUAAAUAAAGGGCCAAAGAAAAGUGGAAGAGGACGAAUGUGCCUUGAAUUUGAAAAUGAACUGCAAGAUAUUUUUGGAAAAGUUUAUUCCAUAAUUCCUCCCGUAUUAAUGGGAACGAAUUGUCUUGUUAUAAACAAUAGCACUGCAAGUACAAGUUCAGAAGCGACAGAUCCGCCGACAGAUUCACAGACAGAUCAAGAAACAUCUAUGAAAAGCAUCAAUGUUGUUGCACAAACUGAAGAUAAUGCUGCACCAUUUCAGCAACAAGAUAUCUGUGCAAUAGAUAAUGGCAAAGAAGAAUGUCAAAAGAUAAUCGGCAAAGAAAAUAUAUUUCGUGAAAAUGAUAAACAGGAGACAUCAGUCGAAAAGAAUAACAAAAAAUUACCAAAAAGAGAGUCUGCUAAAAAUAUCCGCGAAAAACAAGAUAAAGAAAAAGCUUCUCGUCAACAUGAGUAUUUGAAACUCAAACGCAUCAAACUGAAAUUGAAAGCCAAAAAAUAUAAAGCAAAGUACAAUAUCGACAUCGACAAUGACAUUGAUGAUAUUGAUGAGAUGUUAUAAUACUUUGAAAAUAUUUUAUGAAAUUCGUGAAUUUUAUUUUGUUUUUUUUUAUUAAUAGUAUAGAUAUAUUUUUUGUUUUAAGAUUGUUGAAGGCAAAAUAUGCGCAAUCUAUAAUUUAAUUAUUUAUUAUUUUAUUGUCUCAAUCUUGUUCCUAGUUGAGAAGAACUUAAACUACGCCGAGUUAUGUUUUCCAUUAUCAAAUUUUUUAUUUAAAUAUAAUAAAAAAUAUUAUGAAGAAGAAUAUAGUACAAU